AUGAGUAUUGAAAAACACGUUGCACAGGUUUUUGAAAACUACCAAAGGGCAAGACACCAAUUCGUCCAAACAAUUACUGACUUAUCUUCGAAAUCUUAUAAUGUAGAAACUUUACAAGCCGCAGGAGUACUACUUCAUUUACGACCACUUCUGCUUGAUACAGUGCCCUCUAUUCAACAAAUGUCAGCUUUGGCUCUGGGUAAACUAGCCAAUCAUAGCAGAGAAAUGGCAGACGCUGUGGUAAAGAGUAAUGUUCUACCCCAGCUGGUAUAUUCUUUGGCUCACCAAAAUAAAUAUUAUAAAAGAUCUGCAGCUUUCGUCUUGAGAACUGUGUCUAGGCAUUCAGCUGAACUAGCCAAAGCUGUAGUAGAGGUUGGAGGCCUUGAUGCAUUGCUGCUGUGUCUGGAGGAAUUCGAUCCACAAGUGAAAGAGUCCGCAGUUUGGGCUUUAGCAAAUGUAGCCAAACACUCUACUGAACUGGCAGAAGCUGUUGUAGAAGUGGGAGCCGUGCCUCUACUGGUAUUAUGUCUUCAGGAACCAGAAGUUUCCCUUAAACGUAUAGUUGCAACAGCUUUAGCAGAAAUAGGCAAACAUACAUUAGAAUUAGCCCAAGCUCUCACUGACACAGGAGCAAUUCCACACUUAGUGAACCUUAUAUCUAACCCAGAUGUUAAGUUGAAGCGUCAAGUACUUUGGGCCUUAAGCAGUAUUGUGAAACAUUCAGUUGAGCUUGCAGAACUUUCUGUUGAAGCUGAGGCUUAUCCCACAGUGUUGUCUUUGCUUAGAAAUCAAGAUGAGUUAGUUUGCAAAAAUGCAGCCAUAUUUGUAAGAGAAACUGUGAAACAUUCAUCAGAACUGGCCUUUUUGGUUGUGAAUGCUGGAGGUCUUGGCCCUGUUGUAGACUACCUAAAUGAUACCGGUGGCCAUGCCUGCCUUCCAGGAAUAAUGUUAAUAGGAUAUAUAGCUGCCCACUCUGAGAACUUAGCUAUGGCAGUAAUUAAAUCAAAGGGUGUACCUCCUUUGUCUGCAAUGCUUCAUGAAGGGCCCGAGGACCAUAUGAAGGCUGCAGCAGCCUGGUCAUUGGGCCAGGUGGGCUGUCAUACUCCAGUACAUUCUAGAGCAGUAGCUGAAACCAAUGUGCUACCCAAGCUCUUAGAGCUGUUUCUAGAUCCUGACAGUUCGUGUGAUUUAAAGGAAAAAUGUAAAAGAUCUCUGAAGAUGAUUCUGCAGAAAUGCACUGUCUUUCCUGCUCUGGAAUCUCUCCUUCACUUGGCUCCACCUAAUAUUCUAAAAUAUGUCAUGGCUCAGUUUAGUAAGGUUCUGCCACAUGAUCCAGAAGCUAGAAGAUUGUUUGUCACAAGUGGUGGUUUGAAGAAGGUCCAAUUGAUCAAGGCUGAACCGGGAUCUUUACUUCAGGAACACAUCCAUGCUGUGAACAGCUGCUUUCCAGAAGAGAUUGUUAGGUAUUACUCUCCUGGUUAUCCUGAAGAAUUACUUCAACGUGUGGAAAACUAUCAACCUAAUUUAGUGACAAACGUUUUAGAACCUACAGUUAAUGAUGAGGAUGGUCACAAAAUUAGAUAAAAUAUAGAUGUUACCUUUUUUUGUACCUACAUUCAUACUGUAUUUUUUCACAAUCUUUAUCUAAAUUGUAGAUGUUAUGACUACAGAAAACCUUUGA